GCAGUGAUUGGAUGAGGUGUGUUUCUGAGUACCUGCCCACUGAGAGUAAAUUAGGUCGCUUCCUGAACCGACUUCCACUAUGAAGUGAAAGUCAGAGAGAGAAACAAGUGCACGUGGUGAGUGAGACAGACGAGGCAGCCGAGCACAGAAGACUCAGCAUGAGCCAGUGGAAGCAGAUUCAGCAGCUGGAGAUCAGACUCCUGGAACAUGUGGAUUAUCUGUAUGAUGAUAACUUCCCCAUGGACAUCAGACAGGGACUGGCCAGCUGGAUCGAGUCCCAGGACUGGGACACGGCAGCCACCGAUGAGUCGAUGGCGGCGGUGCUGUUCAGCAACCUGCUGACCCAGCUGGACCGGGUGCGCUCCGACGAGCAGAACUUCCUCCAAAGACACAACAUGAAAAUCAUCCAGCAGCAGCUGCAGGUUAAAUACACAACCAACCCCGCCGUCAUGGCCAAGGUGAUCUCCACCUGCCUGAGGGAGGAGCGCCGUAUCCUCUCCAGCGCCUGCAUGCAGGAACAGGGUCCUCUGGAGAAAUCACUGCAGAGUUCAGUCGCCUUCGAGAGGCAGAAGAACAUGGACAACAGAGUCGGGAUCAUCAGAGGCAGCGUGCAGUUGAUGGACCAGGCUGUGAAAUACAUCGAGGACAUGCAGGAUGACUUUGAUUUCCGCUACAAGACGCUUCAGUCUCGAGAUUCGACAGAUAGGAACUCUGACAUGAUGAAACAGGAAGUGACAAGACUGCAGGAAAUGCUCAACAGGCUCGACUUUAAAAGGAAGGAGAUCCUGUCGAAGAUGGACGUGGUGGUGAAGGAGAUCGACGACCUGAUGACCUCUCAGCUCAGCCCCGAGCUGCAGGACUGGAAGCGGAGGCAGCAGAUCGCCGCCAUCGGCGGUCCGCUGCUCACCGGCCUGGAGCAGCUGCAGGGCUGGUUCACGCUGACGGCUCAGAGUCUCUUCCAGAUCAAGCGGCAGCUGGACAAACUGGGCGAGCUGGUUGUGAAGGUGACCUACGAGUGUGACCCGAUCCCUCUGCAGAAGCCUCAGCUGGAGGAGCGGGUCAAAUACCACCUCUACCACCUCAUCAAGAGCUCGUUUGUGGUGGAGAAGCAGCCGUGCAUGCCGACACACCCGCAGAAACCCCUCAUCAUCAAGACCGGAGUACAGUUCACCACCAAAGUCAGGCUCCUGGUUAAACUUCCAGAGGUGGAUUAUCAGCUGAAAGUGAAAACAACUUUUGACAAGGACCUCUCUCCAGGCAGAGUAAGUCGUCAGUUUUUCAUCCUGACCAACAACACUAAAGUCAUGGACAUCGAGGACUAUUCAAACGGCUGCCUGUCCGUCGAGUUCAGACACCUGCAGCUGAAAGAAAAGAAAUAUAUCAACGGCACGAAGGGGAACGAGGGUUUACUCUCUGUGACUGAGGAACUUCACUCGCUCAGCUUUGAGGCUUGUUUCACAGUUCAGGGUCUCACCAUCGAUCUAGAGACGUGUUCUCUGCCUCUGGUGGUCAUCUCUAACGUGAGCCAGCUGCCGGGAGGCUGGGCGUCCGUCAUGUGGUACAACCUCCUGACUGACGAGCCGAGGAACUUGGCGUUCUUUGGUAACCCGCCUCGGGCCACGUGGAGCCAGCUCUCCGAGGUGCUCAGCUGGCAGUUCUCCACCUUCGCCGGUCAAGGCCUCAACAAGGACCAGCUGAGCAUGCUGGGAGAAAAGCUGCUCGGUCAACACGCCUCCUGCAGCGACUAUCAAGUGUCCUGGUCCAAGUUCUCCAAGGAGAAUAUCCCAGGAAAGCCGUUCAGUUUCUGGAUGUGGCUCGACUCGAUCCUGGAGCUCAUCAAGAAACACCUGCUGCCGGUCUGGAACGAGAACUACAUCAUGGGCUUUGUGAGCAAAGAGACGGAGCGGACUCUGCUGAAGGACCGAGAGCCGGGAACGUUCCUGCUACGCUUCAGUGAGAGUCACCUCGGAGGAAUCACCUUCACCUGGGUGGAGCACAAGGACAACGGAGAGGUGAAGUUCAACUCCGUGGAGCCUUACACUAAAAGCCGGCUCAGCGCUCUCCCGUUCGCCGACAUCAUCCGGGACUACAAAGUGAUCUCAGACGGCGUCGUCCCGGAGAACCCGCUCAAGUUCCUCUACCCCGACAUCCCCAAAGACGAGGCGUUCGGACGGCUUUACAACUGUCAGCCGAGCAAAGUCCAUCCGUACAUCCCGUCACACCUGAUCCCAAUCUCUGUGCACCCCGACGCGAGCAGCACUCCGCUGUCUUGUCGGUCUCCGGAGCCUCCGAUGACUCCCGGAGAGUUCAACAUGCUCAACGAACACCUGUGCUUCGACCUCGACACCAUGAGUUCUCCAUAUUCAGACUAAGGCUCCUCGAAUGUUUCCCGACAGAUUUUCAUUCUGACCUCUUGAUUGUAAUGAAGCAGAAUCUGCUGUCUUUGUGUCUUUAUUGGAUUCAUGAACUGAGCUGUUGUUCACUGUUUUUUUUAAUUAUAUAUAUUCACAUCUGUUCUAAAAAAGAAUGUUUCAUUUGUUUUUGAAGUUGGUUCUGAGUUUGUUUUAUUGUACCUGUUUACUGGUUUCCUACGCAGCCUGUAUUGUAUAUAAAACACUUUAGCACAUGUUUAUUUUGCCUGCUGUUGAAACGUGAUUGUAAUUUCUGCAUCACUCGUCUCAAUCUUCAACCAUUCAGUCUCUCAUCGUCAGCUCACCUGCCACCUGCGGCCCACAGUGAGGCAGCAGAUGUUCACAGAGCUUUUAUUUUGGAGGCAGCCGGAAGUAAAUCUCGCCUGCAGCUGGAUGACGCGCCUGUUCUGAGUUUGUCGAGAGUCACGUGACUCCCGGAGAGUCUGAAGUGGUGCAUGAGGAAAUAUUCCUAUGAGGAAAUAAAGCAGAGCCUCUCUGAACUCUCAACAAGCUGCAGAUCAUUCAUGAGUCAUUAUUUGGCAAGAUAAGUAUAUUCAUACAGCACUGUUUAGACAUUUCAAAGUGCUUUACACAGACAAAGAAAAGCAUUAAAAUAAGACGUUAAAACAUGAAGAAAAUGUUAGAAAUGCAUCUUAAAAACAUGCAAAAAAGAAAAAUAUACUGAUUAAAAGACUUCAGGUAUUCAGGAAGGUUGUUCAACAGGUGAGGAGCGUAAAAUCUAAAAGCUGCAGCUUCUUACUUUGGUUUUGAUCCUGGGAAACUGUUCCAGGACACCUGACGGGUCUGGAUGCUUCGUAACAAGAGAUGUAUUCA